GCACGAGAUCAGACACGGCGAAACUGACUGGACGAGUUGAUCAGCAGACGUAAGAAUGCAGUGGCCUCCUGCUUUACUUGAGGGCAUUUGCUAUAUCUAUGUGUGAGAUGAGUCACAGGCUGCGGCUCCAGAUUUAGGUACUAAAAAAGCGUAGCUUAACAAGCGCUACGUGUGGAGAUCUUGUUGCGCAAAGCAAGUGCUGCAUGUCGGGGGAAGAACAAAAUUCGAAUUUGUUUCUGUUCUCGUCGUUCCAGCCCAUUUGAAAUAGGCGUAAAAGCAUGGCCCAACAGAUGAGCAGCACCUCGAGCAUGGACUGUGUCCUAAACCUGCGGCCUCCGCUCGUCGCGGGCCCAGAUUUCGUUUCCGUCAUACAGGAGCUCUACGGUGCAGACGAGUACGGCAGUUUGGUCUUCGAAAAGUGUCUGCCCUCCGAACGCGACCGCAAUUACCUGUAUCGCAAAAGGGACCACUCGAGCGGAGCAAGUGGCAGUCGUGUGGUGUUCAAGAUUUCCAACCAGGGGGACUCCUUACAGUUGCUGUCGGCGCAAACGCAAGUAAUUUUGCAUUGCGGGAAUGCAGGAGCGCCGGUGCAGCGUGUGCUUUCGAAAAUAAAGGCACAAGAAAGCGAUAUGGCUGCGACUUCGACCACAAAAGCGGCCCACGCUUGUUUUCCCCACCAGGACUACCUGACUCCACUGUUGCUUGAAAAAGACACUGUGGCGAUUGCAACGAAAGAGAACAAUGCAACUCGUUCUGAUUCAUCAGCACCGCCAGCCGGUACCGCAAGAAAUACGUUCUGGGCCCGGCUCUUGACUUUCGUAGAAGGAGACGUUUUGUCCGCGGUACCGCCGACGACAGAGAUCUGGAAGGAGGCAGGCCGUGCCGUGGCUCGCGUAUCGGAUAGCCUCUGCGAUUUCUACCAGAAGUGCAAAGAUAUGAAUGAUGUUGCAGCGGAGCUGCAUGAUGGAGGCAAAAACACGACCUUUCAGUGGUGGAGCAGGCUGAAUGAGGACUUCGAGUGGAACUUGCUCACCUACGAGAGGACGAUAACGAAGUACCUCCCCUCCAUCACAGAUGAGGCAAAGCGUAAAUUUGUCGAGAACCUAGUACAACAGCACGGUAAAAGAUGGCGACAACGACCUGAACUAGUCCUCGCGCACGGGGACCCCAAUGACAACAACCUUGUCGUCACACGCGAGGGCGAGGUGGUUGUUCUCGAUUUCGGGGAUUUGUGCGCUUCGUUUCCCUUCGCGGACGCGUCUGUAGGGGCUGCGUACGCACCAAGCGAGGAGUGUGCAAAAGCGUUUGUCAACGGGUGUAUGGAAAAAUCUACGUCGUUGACAAAAGAGAAUGAUCCAGAUAUGAUCGAGGAGAGGAUCCACGCUUGGGCCAAAAUACGACGUGCGACCAGUGUGUGUAUUAGCAGCUACCAAGCACAGCAGCAUCCGGACGACGAAUAUCUGCAGUGUUCCGCAGAUCAAAUGUGGAGGACACUCGGGUUUCAGAGCGAAGGAAAAUGAUUUGUUGAUUUAUUUUACAUCCACGGAAGCACAACUACGAUGAUAUGGAAACACGAAACAAGCAAACAAGCUCACGUGUUAAGCGAAAACACAAAAAACUGCCCUCUGACUCCUGUGUAGGAAUGGCUCACUUUGAUAACGC